AUGAAUUUCUCAAGAAAGCUCGUUCUAAAAAACCCUAGAAAUGGAGCUAAUAAAUUAUCUCAGCUCUUCUUUCUAUGGACUAUUCCAACAAUGUUUCGAGGAUGUUUCCAUAGUUUGAAUGAAGAAAAUUUAUGGGAAUGCUUAAAGAAAGAUCGCUCACAAGAAUUAGGCGAUAAACUGGAAAUGCAAUGGCAGCAUGAACUGACGGAAUCUCGCAACAAAAAAAAAGAACCGCGAUUAAGAAAUGCAAUUUUAAGAACUUUCUGGAAGAACUGCAUCGCUGAUGGAUUUCUUGUUUUAUUUUUUACUAUCUUGAAAUCUAUUUUGCCAGUGUUCUUAGCACAGUUGCUUGUUCAGUUUCAAUCAUCAUCAAAUAGUGACAGCAGAAUAAAAUCAUUUGAUUUUAAAGCAAAUCAAUCAGCAGUAGUUGAUGAAAAUUUCAUUUUAAACUUUCUUUGGUGA